UAUUUAUUCCUUACAUAUUUCUGUGUUAAUCUAAAAUUUUGUUCUAAAUAUGUUUGUUUAGAAACCAUUUAGGAAACUAAUCUCCUUAGACUUAAAAAUUUCUAAUCUAUUAUGUAUAUCGUACGUGUAAUUUUUACAACAACAUUUCGAUAACAAAAUUUAAAUUUCUACACAACAGUCAGAGUAUCAACAUCAUUAUAAUGUCAAUUUAUGUAAUUGCAACAUUCUGUGCUGCAACGGGAGCUACUUUUUUUGUUCUAGGUGCGAUGGUCCAACAAGAUAUAUCAUACAGAAAAAUUAAGGCCAUCAUGGUUACUGAUCCUUAUGUUUUCCAGUGUCGCAAACAUAUUUUUAGUGCCCUAGCACUUUUUGGACGGUAUGCUACAACUUCCAUAGUUGGUAAUGAAAACGAGAAGAGAAAUAGCUUAGAGGGUGCUACUAACAGAAAAAGAUCAAUCGAUUUGCAAGAUACUGGAAGUGUGUCCUUAUUUGAGCAAUUCGUACUGUGGAGUCGGACAAAGGCAUUUAAUGUAAUCAUGUUCAUGACUUUUUCCGUCGGUCAACAGGCAGGUGACAAGUAUAAGGCAAUAGAGCAUGUGGCUGGAAUUAUGAAGUAUGGCUUUCCGGGAAUGGAUGAAAUACGUGUUUAUAAAAAUUUUGUACUUUCAUACGAUCGUCGUAACCGAAUUGCGCAUUGGGUGUGCGAACACAUAAAUAAGGACUGUUUACUGUUGAGAGAUCCAAAGACGCUGAAUAAACCGAACUCCUACAUACCGGAUAAUUCCAUAUCGCCAAUAUUUAGUGCAACUAUGCGGGAUUUUAGGAACAGCGAUUGGGUUGGAGGUCAUCUGGUCUCACCACAAAACUACAAAUGCGACAUGGAAAAAUUUAUGGAAGCCUACAAAUUUCCCAACAUUGUACCCAUCGAUAGGGGACUAAAAAACAACAUUUGGCUACGCUUGGAAAACUAUGUAAGGGAACUCGCACUAAAGUUCGAUUCCGUCUAUGUUUAUACCGGUCCUCUGUUCAUGCCGCAAAGGAUUACCUUCAGAAACUGGUCUGUGCGUCAUCACGUAAUGGGCAUGAACACUGUUGCUGUGCCAACCCACUUUUUCAAAGUCAUCAUUUGCGAUCAGAAUUUUGAUGGUGCUGGACCUAUGAUGGAAGGCUUUGUUGUGCCCAAUGCCAAUGUCGACACGGAAAUGGAAUUGCGAUCAUUUUUAUCCGACAUUCGGGAUAUCGAGCAUUUUGCAGGACUUAAAUUUUAUGACGGUCAGCAGCGGGAUAAAAUAGAUAUGGUAGUAAAUGUGCCGUCUAUGACGGAUCUUCAAGAUUAAGAAAGCUGUGAUUAAAAUAAACAUCCAUUGUUAAAGAAUAAUA